GAAAUGACAACUGUUAACUGUGACCUUUGUUGAUUGAGGCCUCAAGAGAGGGUUGUAACGAAUUUGAAAGUAGCCCACGAUAUUGAUCAAGAUAUUGAUGAAAAAAAAACAACAACAACUAAAAAGUAGGUCAACAAAACAGCUCAGCACAGAUCGAUGGAUAGAUUUAUCAUUAUGCCGAUCAUCGAAUAAAAAGGGCGGAGCGAUUGGUCUGACAUCAUCAAUGACGCUGACUGGCUUGUUGUGAGAUUUUCAAAGCUGAGUAGAUAACCUUGAAUAAUUUCUGUCUCGGGAUCAACUACAAGAAUACAGUGUCUUACUUCUAAUCAAGACCCUAGCCAAUGACACUACGGCCCCAGGGUGGAGAAAAAAAAGGGCGGGGGUAUUCUGCUCUACAAAAAGUUCUUGGUGUGGUCGGCAAAAGUCAUUUUCUUGCCGAUCAUUUGAAAAUGUUUAUUCCUGGAGACCAUGUUCCCCAAAGAAAUUAUCUUCGCAACAGUCGCGCUAUUGGAUGCGAUUCUUGACAACCUAAAGUGUUUAAGGGGCCCCAAGUUGUGAAGUCGGCAAAAAGUAAUAGAAUGUAUUUUAAACUGCAUUGAAUAGCAAAAUCACAAACAAACAAAAAUCGAAAAGUGGCAGGAGGCAUCCAGAAGUGGCAAGACGCAUCCAGAAGUGGCAAGAUGCAUCCAGAAGUGGCGAGAGGCAUCCAAAAGUGGCCAGAGGCAUCCAAAAUUGACAAGAGGCAUCCAAAAGAGGCAUCCAGAAGUGGCAAGAGGCACCCAAAAGUGGCAAGAGGCAUCCAGAAGUGGCAAUAGGCAUCCAAAAGUGGCAAGAGGUAUCCAAAGGUGACAAGAGGCAUCCAAAAGAGGCAUCGAGAAGUGGCAAGAGGCAUCCAAAAGAGGCAUCCAAAAGUGACAAGAGGCAUCCAAAAGUGACAAGAGGCAUCCAAAAGAGGCAUCCAAAAGAGGCAGCAAAAGAGGCAUCAAAAGAGGCAUCCAAAAGAGGCAUCCAAAAGUGACAAGGGGCAUCCAAAAAUGACAAGAGGCAUCCAAAAUAGGCAUCCAAAAGUGACAAAAGGCAUCCAAAAGUGACAAGAGGCAUCCAAAAGAGGCAUCCAAAAUUGGAAUCCAAAAGAGGCAUCCAAAAGAGGCAUCCAAAAGAGGCAUCCAAAAGAGGCAUCCAAAAGAGGCAUCCUAAAGUGACAAGAGGCAUCCAAAAGAGGCAUCCAAAAGAGGCAUCCAAAAGAGGCAUCCAAAAGUGACAAGAGGCAUCCAAAAGUGAUAAGAGGCAUCCAAAAGAGGCAUCCAAAAAGCCCACGGCACAGCUGAGGGGACCAACAAAAUCAAUAAAAUAUAUAUGAGCUUUUCGUCACGACCGCAUGUGAAAACGUUGCGCUUAGACUUAGACUGGAAUGUGUGGGCUUAGACUUAGACUGGAAUGUGUUGGCUUAGACUUAGACUGGAAUGUGUGUGCUUAGAUUUAGACUGGAAUGUGUGCGCUUAGACUUAGACUGGAAUGUGUGUGCUUAGACUUAGACUGGAAUGUGUGGGCUGAGACUGGAAUGUGUGUGCUUAGACUUAGACUGGAAUGUGUCCGCUUAGACUUAGACUGGAAUGUGUGUGCUUUGACUGGAAUAAAUGUGCUUAGGUCUAGAAUCUGUUUGCUUAAAUUUGAAGUCGGGGGACUUAGUUUUUGAGUAUUUGUGCUUAGACUUAAAUUCAGUGAACUUAGACUUUGAGUCUAUGAGCUUAGAUUUAAAGACAUUAUGCUUAUAAUUAAAGUCUCUGUGCUUAGACUUGUGUGCCUUUCAUAGUUCUGAUACUUGUCCACGGCCUCUAUCAUUCAAUAACUAAAAAAAUAUAAGUCGUCAAUUUUGUAAACAAGUUGUACCGCUAUCCUCAAACAUUUUAAGCGUUCCAUUUAUUGACGCUGGGUAACGUCCUGUAUGUAUAAAUAAUAAACAAAUAUUCCUAACUUCUUUAUAUUUGUAUAUAUGGACCAACGUCCACAGUAAAUAGACCUUCGAUUCUAAGAAAUACGUUUUUCUUUUAUGCCUAAAAAACCUAAAAAAUGUUUUUCUAAAUAAAGUUAUCUUGGUAUUUUAAAUCUUAAAAUCUUUUUUUUUUCAGAUCCAUUAUUCCUGUGAAUUUUUUUUUUGUAUGAUGGUGUCAAAAGACCCACAACACCGUUUCAAAACACACGUGUAACAUACACUGGUUGGUUGUAACGGAUGUAAGAAUGGCACAUAAAAUAGAGUCGGAAGUUGAUGAAAAACUAAAAAGCGAAAUGGAGACAUUCAACACAGAUCACGUGUUAGAUUUCUCAUCACGGCGAGUGUCACAUGAAAGGCUGAAAGAAUGGUCUUGCAUCGAUGACGCUGAUAGGCUCGUGGUCAGAAUUUCAAAAUUGAGCAAGAUCCUCGAAGAAUUUCUGUCUCAGGAUCAGCUACAAGAAGACAGUGUCUUACUUCUGGUCAAGAUUCUUGCACAUGCCACUACGGCCCGGGAGGAGAUGGCUGAUCUACACAAGGUUCUCGACGUGGUCGGCAAAAGUCGUUUUCUCGUUGAUCACGUGAGACUGUUUAUUCUGUGCGUGCUGGAGACGAUGGCGCCCAGAGAUGUUCAUGAGUUUGUAUUCGCAACAGUCACGCUAUUGAAGACUAUUUGUCACGAGCUCCCCGAACACGCUAUGAAAUGUGUGCUGACUUCAGCACAGAUGUUAACUGUGGCUAAGCACAUGGAGACCUUGGUACAAGACAAACACCUGACAGAAUCCAUGAUGGCCGUGGACAAACUUGGUAAGCAGAUUUACAUGAAGAAAAAAGCGUCUGAAUUCAAAUCACAACUAAAGUGUCUUACCGCUGUCAAUGAUGACGAAGAUCCUCCAGAAUGUUAUCGCUCUUUGCCCAUCGUUCCAUCUGUCUCCGAGCUGACCGCACCAACAAAGAUUUUUCUUCGUAAAGCAGUUACAGAUGGCCCAUACAAAGAUGCGAACCAUUAUUUGGACGUGCAGUUUCGGCUGCUGAGGCAAGAUUUCUUUUAUUAUCUUCAACAGGGCAUCACGCUCAUGAGACAAAGCAAAGAUCUCAGUGCAUUUCACAACCAAGCCCUGAGACUGUUUCACAACGUUAGGGUGGUUGGGAUGAGCCUUGAGCACAAAUGUAACUAUGUUCUUCAACUGAAACACAGGCAUAGGACAAAAAGUAAUGUUAAAAAGAAAACGUGUCUUACUCUUGGAUCUAUUGUAUUUUUAUCAAAAGACCGUUUUCAAACCAUAAUUGUUGCUAUUGUGAGUAGCCUAGAGUUUUUGCAAAAAGAAAAUAUAAUUAUUGCCAUUGACAUCAAAGAAGGAAUGGAUUUUGUUUUUAAUUCCACAGCCACUGACAUUUUCACCUUGGCUAAGGCAUCUGUCGAGGGUAUGAGAAUCACUGUUGUUAUGUUUAGAGCGUUGUUGUCAUGUUUGAUAGGGAAAAGAUGUUAGUUCGAGAUUUUAUGUGCAGCCGUAUCGUUUGUGUGAGAGUGUUGUGACGUAAUUGUGUAAUGGGAAGUGACGCGUUAGUUUUCGUUGUGGUUAGAGAAGAGUGAUGGCGGAUGUGCUACAUUGACUGUUGUGGAUUGAAUACUGUUAAGUGUUGUGCUGAGAGAAUUGAUGGGGAAUAUACUGGCAGAAGUGUUUGGAUUGGUAUGUUGAUUAAUAUUUGGUUGGAGUGAUUUAUUAUCAAAUUCUGAAAUUAUACAUCAAGUCUUGUUCAUCGAGUAGUGAUAAAUAAACUUUCGUUUACAACAAACCGGUUGCUGUUUGUUGCAUUGGUGACUGUUUG